CGAGAAGUCGGCUAGUGACAGCUGACACUUCCUGGAUCAUGGCCGCUUGGAGAGCAGGAUUCCCUCUUCUGUUGCGGAGAUUCGGGACUAUUGGCCUCGGAGGGGGUAGGAAGUCAGUCAGUUCUGUCCGACUUGCAGGAGCCGGCCUGGCCGUUGCAGGGACUGUCUGUUCCGGGGCGCUGCUGCUCCUCACUGGGAAGAAACUGCGAGGAAGUGAUGGGAUGACGGUGUUAGCGCAGAAAGAAGAUGCUAAUGAUGAGGCAAAAGAAAACCAGUCAAUUAGGAAACAGCGCUUCAUGCAGUUUGCCUCACUGAAGUAUGAAGGAGAGUACUACAUGACCCCCAGAGACUUUCUCUUCUCUGUCAUGUUUGAACAGAUGGAACGUAGAACUAUAUCGAAACCUUUAACAAAAAAGGAAUUGGAUGCUAUGCUGUCCCAAGCAACAAAGGCAAAGCCGGGAUCCAUGUUUUUCCGAGAUCUUGGAGAUAAAGGACUGAUUUCUUACACAGAAUAUUUAUUCCUGCUGACAAUUCUCACAAAACCACAAACUGGUUUCCGCAUAGCAUUUAAUAUGCUGGAUACGGAUGGCAACGAGCAGGUUGAGAAGAGAGAAUUUUUUAAGUUACAAAGAAUUCUUGGGCAUAAAGAAGACAUGAAGAUGAGCCCUGGAGGUGUAACAUCUACACAGGAACCAUCUACAGACAGUUCUGACGUCAAUACAACAUUGCUUGUCCAUUUCUUUGGCCGCGGAGGGAGAGAGAAGCUCCAGUACUCAGAAUUUUACAAAUUUAUGGAAAAUUUACAAACAGAAGUACAAGAAAUGGAAUUUAUUCAGUUCUCCAAAGGCCUGAACUUUAUGAGGAAAGAAGACUUUGCCGAGUGGCUGCUUUUCUUCACGGACGAGGAGAACAAUGACGUGUACUGGCAGAACGUGCAGGCUCGGAUCCCUCCCGGGGAGAGUAUCAGUAUGGAUGAAUUCAAGAGUUUCUAUCAGUUUAUGAACAACCUUGAAGACUUCUCCAUAACAAUGAAACUGUUCAGUAGUGCAAACAGAGCUAUAAAGAUGGCUGAAUUCAAGAGAGCGGUGAAAGUGGCCACGGGCCAAGAGUUAUCAAACAACGUGUUGGAUACUGUCUUCAAGAUCUUUGACCUCGAUGGGGACAACUGUUUAAGCCACGGGGAGUUUUUAGGUGUUCUAAGGAACAGGCUUCACCGGGGCUUAAAGCACGUGCCCCAGCAGCAAGGCGUGCACGGAUACUGGAAAUGUGUCAAAAGGGAAACCAUUAAGGGAGCCAAUGAGGUCUGGAAACAAACUGGGAAAAGUCCAUUCUAACGUCUCUCCCAAAGCUUCGCUCUGUGUCUGUGCUGGUUGUGGGUUCAUUGUGGUGUGGAGUCUCCAUGUAUUUCUGUUUACGUAUAUAUCUGGGAAUGUUUACAGCAAUCUAACAGCGUGCAUCUCAUGUUAUAUCUUAUAUAUAUAUAUGUGUGUGUGUGUGUGUAAGUUAUACAAGGAUCGGCCUUGCUGCUCUGCGCCAGGGAAGGCCCCAGAGGCUGCUCCCUAUCAGGAUUAGCAGGGUGCUGUGUUGCACAUAUUCAACAUUAUAUAGAAUGUAGAACACUCAGAGGUGCAGCAGCUGCAGAAUCAGCACCAAUUGUAUCAUUUCUACUUCUGUCCCCAUAAAGUCACCGUCAGUCCUGCUCAGCUGGGUACCGGGCUCUGCUGGCACGUGCUGCUGCCUUCGUUCCAUAUCUUUCCAUGCACGUUGGUUCAUGUUAGCGCCGUGCUUACUGUGCAGCCUGUUAUGUUAGAGGUUGGGGUUGUUACGCUAGCAAAGCAAAUGCACAGCUUCAGGCCCCACCACUCCUCACUUCUUAUAUAGGGGACACUAUGGUGGGCUAUGGCAUAGAAUUCACCUCCCAAACACCUACCUACAGCUUCCAGCUACAACUGGAUUUUUAUUUUACCUAUCCCUAGUUUCUCUGUUCUUCCGCCUAUAAAAAUGGGCAAUGAACUGCUGCAAAUAGGCUUUAGGCAAAGCAUUCAUUCAUUCAUACUGUAAAUGUAAUGCGUGUCCCCUUGUAUCUUGUCUUGGAGUCUCUGGCGAGUAACUGCCGACACAAAGGGACCAGCAGCUCUAGUAUAAGGAUUAUGUGAAGCUAUAUGUAAUAAAAAACAGGAGCAGUAACCCAUAGCAACCAAUAAUACAUUUGCUUUUAAACAGAUGACCAGUAA